AAUUUUUUUCGUUGGACUGUGCUAGUAUCUAAUAAUGAGUAGCGUAACUACAACAGUUUUCUACACAAAUGUUUAAAUCAUUAUAUACGGGCUUUAAGUGGGCCCAAACAACAUAGAUGGAGCUUUAAUAAUAAAAUUAAUCUACACAAGGAGGCAAUUUGAUUUGCAACCACAACAGAUGCAAGUAUUGUCCUGAUAAAGGUCGCCCACGUUCAGAUGUAACUGUAUCGAAAGGAAUGUUCCUAGGUCACGUGUAUGUGUCUCGUCUUUAGACAACAACCAUUCUUUGUACUUAAUUAUGACAUCAUUUGAACUCAUAAGAGCACGGCUUCGGAUGAACCAUUUCAUUUGAAAUUACAUUUGCCCAGGAAGUAUUUUGGUGCGCUCGGCAAUUGUCUAGACACCAAGGAAUAAAUAUUACUUGUUAUUGCGAUUUACGCGGAUACCGUUUACGUUUUCUUAGAUUUUCUUAGAAUUCUUAGAUACUUACUGUUUUUUGGCGUUUUCACUAUGGGCAAACCGAAAUUAAGAAAGGGGGGACAUUGGAAAAAAAAAAAUGUGCCAGUGGCAAAUUUCGAGCAGAGGCGUCUCGGAGACACGCAAUGGUUCGUGGAAUGAUUGACGAAAUAUUAGACCAAGUCGAGGAACAGAAGCAGUCGACCAAAGAUUGCAAACAUUUAUUGAAGGAAAUCGUCAGGAACGUCGAAUUGAACACUGUUGACGAAGAUGAUUUGAAUACUUUCGCGUGGGGCUCAUCAGAUGAAUACGAAAGCAUAAAUAAUUCCAAGUUGGAUGUUGAAGUUGAAGAGCAUGUUCCAAAAUUACAUGGAUACAGAAUCGUGGAUAUAGAAUACAUUCUGAGACAGACAGUGACCCUUCAAAGCGAGCAUUCAAAAAAAUGCACUGGCGGAAUGCUCGUCCUCCAGGAAGAAAUACAAAAGGGCUUAGUUAGUCGAUUUGUAUACAGAUGCAAUAUCUGUGAAAAAACGAAGAUCGUGUAUUCUGAAAAUCCGGAGAAAGAAAUUAUUAAUAGAGCUACAGUUUGGGGAACUCUUGCGACAGGCAGUACCUUCGCACACACCUCUGAGUUUCUCAGCAUACUGGAUAUUCCCCCAAUGCGUGGCAACAUGUUUUUUGACAUUCAGAGGAAUUUGGGGGAUGUCUGGAAAGAUUCGCUGUGGCAAAACAUGGAGAAGGCCGGACAAGAAGAAAGAAAGAUAGCAGUGGAACAUGGAGAUGUUGACACUGAUGGCACUCCGUUUAUUACUGUAUUUCUUGAUGGAGGAUGGUCAAAGAGGAGUUACGGCCAUAGCUACAAUGCAGCAUCUGGCGUGGCAGUGAUUAUUGGCAGAGCGACAGGGAAGCUCUUAUACUUAGGAGUUCGGAAUAAAUUUUGCUCCAUAUGCGCGAGGGCGCAAAAUAAGAACAACGAGCCCAAGAAACAUCUCUGUUUCCGCAAUUGGACCGGAUCAUCGUCGUCCAUGGAAGCUGAUAUAAUAGUUGAGGGCUUUAACAGCAGCAUUAACAUGCACAAUCUUCGGUAUAAAAAGUUUAUUGCAGACGGAGAUUCAACCGUGUAUUCACAUAUAAGAAAACGCGUGAGCUAUGGGGAACAAGUAGUAAAGAUUGAAUGCACAAACCACGCUAUUAAAAACUACAGCAAGCACCUAUAUAAAUUAAAAAGUGACACGAAAAAUGUGGCACUUGCUACUAGAAAGCUACUUUCAAAAGACACCAUAGGAGCUCUCGUCAAGUUCGCCCAAAAAGCAAUUUACGCUAACUCACAUGGAGAUAUUGCAACUCUCAAAAGUGACCUUCGCAACUCAGUAAAGCAUGUUUUCGGAAAUCAUCUUGAGUGCGUUGAAUAUCUUUGUUCAGAGACCAAAGAGGAAAUUGGUGAUAAAUAUCAAACCUUGAUAUCAAUAGGGGGCCAGCAUCAGAUAUAUGCGGCUUUGAAUUCAAUACUAUCGAAAAGUGAAUUACUCAUCGAUCGCGAAACUAAUAACCGAGCGGAGCUAUUUAUGAGUGUGUUGGCGAGAUUCAACAUGGGCAAGCGUCUCAACCUCAUUCAAAGAGAUAGCUUCCAAACAAGGUCAUUCCUGACUGGAUUGCGCUACAAUGAGGGGAGCACCUGGCACACCGAACCCUGGAAGCAGUGUUUUAAAGACAGCCCAGGAAAAAACUUUCAAAAGUAUAUGGAAAAAGAGGAAAAGAAGGCGACUAAGCGAAAGUCGUUAGCUAGCACUAGCACAGUCCGGAAACGGACUAAGUUCACGCAUGAAGGUUCGUCAAGCGGACCACCCAGGGAUUACGGCCCCGAUUUUGCAUCCAUAGAGCCAAGGAAGGAUGCGUUAGACGAGGAAGUUAGAAGGCUAGUCCAGCGUUUAGAGGUUACUGAGGAAGAACGGACUGAAAUUUCGGUGAAAACUAUUGGCCAAUUUGAUAAUUGUAUUUAUAAGAACGAGCGACUCCAUAGACUAACCGCUUCAAAGUUUGGAGAUGUAGUUAAAAGGAAAGACACAACCUCGUGCGAUGCGUUAGUAAAAUCAAUUCUCAGCACGGACUAUAGUUUUCAGUCACCUGCCAUGGAAUAUGGCAAAAUACACGAGGGUGUGGCCAUAAGUAAGUUUGAAACACUUACUGGCAAAAAAGUUCAACAAGCGGGCCUAUAUAUUGAUGUAAAUUGCGGAUAUUUAGGAGCAUCUCCUGACGGGAUAAUUUGUGAGAAUGAAAUUGUAGAAGUAAAAUGCUCCUUCAAAGUUGCAAAUAUGAAAAAAUCUUUAAAAGAAGCGGUGGAGAGUAAAGAAGUGCAGUACUUGACUCUGAAUGAAAAUGGGGAUAUUUGUUUGAAGAAGACACACAACUAUUACUACCAAAUUCAAGGACAGCUCGCCAUAACUAACGCCAAAACGUGUUUCUUCAUUGUUUAUUCGGGCGACGAUAACGAAUUGUUUGUUCAGGAAGUUUUAAAGGACAGCCAUUUAUGGAACGCCACUAUGCUCCCAAAAUUGAUGCGAUUUUAUUUAGAGUGUGUUGCACCUGAAAUUAUACUGAACAGACGAGGGCGAAACUUGAAAUGUGUCGAUCCACAAUACAUCCUGGAUGCUCAGAAGGAGCAGAAACAAAAACAAACACAGAAGCAGAAGCGAAAGCAGAAGCAGACACAGAAGCAGAAGUAAAAGACAAAAGCACAGAUGAAAAGAAAUAAAAAAUGGCAGUUAGUGAGGCGAUUGGAACCUCACCAAUCGCACCGAACAAUGUAUUACACGGCUAUUAAUUUGCCCACAACUGUAUUUAAUCACAAAAUCAACUGUGUUGGUAAUGAGGUUGGUAACUUCUUAUCGCGAGCUGUAAAACCAAUUAAUAGUCCACUUGACCUAAAAUUUUCACGCUCUUCUCUCAAUCAAAAUUUUGUUGCUUCUACUUUAUUUAAUAAGUAUAAUUUUUAUAGCCAAAAGGGCAUUUCCUAUUUUCCAAUCGUUUCCAAAUUCUUCUCAAGUUUUAGGACAAUUAGAGAGAACAUUGGUACAAAAUUUCAUCCAAAUGGGUGUGCUCCUUACCUAAUUCAAUAAAUAUCGAUUUUAUUGCCUAAAGGCAUUUGCCACUUUCGAAUCUCUUCCAAAAGCUGUUCAGCUCCCAAGACCAUGUAUGGAAACGUCUGUUACAAAUUUCAACCAAAUCGGUCGAGUAGUUUCGACUGAAGCUUAUUUACAAGAAUCGUGCCGUCCGCAGAUACACAUACCUCGCACACUUUUUUGGACUCCUGGGACCUUGAAACGCAAAGUUCCGGUAAAAUAUCAAAAUCGAAGUUUGGAGUGAGUUCAAUUUUUUAUUGGGGAGGUUGAAAGAAAAGUGAUUUACAAUUCAUAACACGAUUCUCCAUCCAGAUAUUCACUGUUAUCGCGAUUUGACUAAGCUGUUUCUAAUUCAUUAUCUAUAAAGUUCAGUAAAGGUUCUUUCUACCAAAACAUCAAACGCUUUCGUGCACAAGUAUCUGAAAAAACCAUAAUGGACUAUUUAUCUGAACUACGAACAACAGCGAAGAACCAUUUUUGUUAUCGAAAUUUGUUUUUUCGAAAUGAAAUCUCUUUUCAGUGAAAACUGUUGUUUUUUACACUAACUAGAGAUGACCCUCUGAUGUCAUCGAACUUUGUUUUCAAACAACUCAUAGUUAAAAAACUAAUAUUUUUUGUCGGCAAAACGGUUAAUUUGAUUUUGUUAAAAUUUUGCAAAUGUAUAUUACGCAUUAAGGAUACCUAUAUUGUUUAUUUUUCAUUUGGCAUUUGGCAUAUUGAACUGUCGCCUGUUAUAGACGUAUGAAAAUUUUAGAUAUAUCUUUACCUGAUAACAGAACUCUGAAAUUCCCAAAUUAUGGUGUAAACAGGAACAGGUGGUUUUUCCGACUGAAACUGAAGAAAGUAAAUUCUAUAUAAACCAGGUGUCAAAUUCUUGACAGAAUAGCUUCCUAGCUGAAACCAAAAAUUGCCAACGUAUGUACGCACUUACAGACGGGAAAAAUUUAUUCUUUAAAAGUUGCUUAAAAUGAUCUAAAACGUCAACAUUUGAUGAAAUUUCGCAUUGUACCUAGCUCAUGCUAUGAAGAGAAAACCGUCAAUUCGUGGAAUUGUAUGCGCUAAUGUUUCAUAAAUAAGAAAAUUGCAUUUCUGCGCAUGCGCAACACGAUUUUUGCGCAUGAAUUUUGUUUGCUUUUA